GAGAAAGUUACCUGGGGCCCCGACCCAGUCCGCGCCGCGUUCCGCUCGGGGGACGGCCCACUUUGCCGCGAUCCGGGAGGACCCCGCGCCGCCCGCCCGCCCGCCCGCCCGCCUCCGAGCGCGGGCCCCAUGUGAGGGGCCCCUCCUCUGUCCCACCUUUCCGGCUAGGUGAGGGCGCGGGCGAGCCGAGCCGGAGAGAGAGUGGCGCGGGGGGAACGGGAAAAGCAGAAUUACCUGUAGCUCUUGUUCUGCCAUCUCGGGCGGGCGCGCUCUCACACACCUUCACCUGCACAGACUUGAAAGUCCAGUUUCACCGGGAGGCUGAGGCUCCGGGAAAAAGGGGAGCGAGUUCAUUGGAUCAAACAUGUCACAAGAGUCGGACAAUAAUAAACGAUUGGUGGCCUUAGUGCCCAUGCCCACUGACCCUCCAUUCAACACCCGAAGAGCUUACACGAGUGAGGAUGAAGCCUGGAAGUCAUAUUUGGAGAAUCCCCUGACGGCGGCCACCAAGGCGAUGAUGAGCAUUAAUGGCGAUGAGGACAGUGCAGCCGCCCUCGGCCUGCUGUAUGACUACUACAAGGUUCCUCGAGACAAGAGGCUGCUAUCUGUGAGCAAAGCAAGUGACAACCAAGAAGAUCAGGACAAAAGAAACUGCCUUGGCACCAGCGAAGCCCAGAGCAACUUGAGUGGAGGAGAAAACCGCGUCCAGGUCCUAAAGACUGUGCCUGUGAACCUUUCCCUAAACCAAGACCACCUGGAGAAUUCCAAGCGGGAGCAGUACAGCGCCAGCGUCCCCGAGAGCCCUGCCAUCAUCCCCGUGUCGGGAAUCACGGUGGUGAAAGCCGAGGACUUCACCCCGGUCUUCAUGGCCCCGCCCGUGCACUACCCCCGGGGGGACGGGGAGGAGCAGCGUGUGGUCAUCUUUGAACAGACUCAGUACGGGGCGCCCUCCAUGGCCAGCCACGGCACCUACCUCAAGGAUGACCAGCGCAGCACCCCGGACAGCACUUACAGCGAGAGCUUCAAGGACGGGACCUCGGAGAAAUUUCGAAGUGCUUCAGUCGGAGCUGAGGAAUACAUGUAUGACCAGACAUCAAGCAGCACGUUUCAGUAUACCCUGGAGGCCACCAAGUCUCUCCGCCAGAAGCAGGGGGAGGGCCCCAUGACCUACCUCAACAAGGGGCAGUUCUACGCCAUCACGCUCAGUGAGACUGGCGACAACAAAUGCUUCCGACACCCCAUCAGCAAAGUCAGGAGCGUGGUGAUGGUGGUCUUCAGUGAAGACAAGAACCGAGACGAGCAGCUGAAAUACUGGAAAUACUGGCACUCUCGGCAGCACACGGCGAAGCAGAGGGUCCUCGACAUCGCGGAUUACAAGGAGAGCUUUAAUACGAUCGGGAACAUUGAAGAGAUCGCCUACAAUGCGGUUUCCUUCACCUGGGACGUGAAUGAGGAGGCCAAGAUCUUCAUCACUGUGAAUUGCCUGAGUACAGAUUUCUCGUCCCAAAAAGGGGUGAAAGGACUUCCUUUGAUGAUUCAGAUUGAUACAUACAGUUAUAAUAAUCGUAGUAAUAAACCCAUUCAUAGAGCUUAUUGCCAGAUCAAGGUCUUCUGCGACAAAGGAGCAGAAAGAAAAAUCCGAGAUGAAGAGAGGAAGCAGAACAGGAAGAAGGGGAAAGGCCAGGCCUCCCAAACCCAGUGCAACAAUUCCUCUGAUGGAAAGUUGGCAGCCAUACCUUUACAAAAGAAGAGUGACAUCACCUACUUCAAAACGAUGCCUGAUCUACACUCACAGCCAGUCCUCUUCAUCCCCGAUGUUCACUUUGCAAACCUGCAGAGGACAGGACAGGUGUAUUAUAACACGGAUGAUGAGCGAGAAGGCAGCAGUGUCCUUGUUAAACGGAUGUUCAGGCCCAUGGAAGAGGACUUUGGCCCAACGCCUUCCAAGCAGAUAAAGGAAGAAGGGAUGAAGCGAGUGCUUUUGUACGUGAGGAAGGAGACGGACGACGUGUUCGAUGCCUUGAUGUUGAAAUCUCCCACCGUGAAGGGCCUGAUGGAAGCGAUAUCUGAGAAAUAUGGGCUGCCGGUAGAGAAGAUAACAAAGCUUUACAAGAAAAGCAAAAAAGGCAUCCUGGUAAACAUGGACGACAACAUUAUUGAGCACUACUCCAAUGAGGACACCUUCAUCCUCAACAUGGAGAGCAUGGUGGAAGGUUUCAAGAUCACACUCAUGGAGAUCUGAGCCUGGCCGGCUUGCCCUCGCAGGAGCCCUCGGAGCACUCCUCCCUGGGGAAGGAGGAGGCCCAGCCCUGGAACCCGCAGACCCACCUCACCUGUCUCACAACUGCUGUUACACGACCGUGCUGGGGGCGGGGCAAGGUGUGCAGCCCCACUCCUCGUCAGUGCGUCCGGCCCAUCCGCCAGCUCCUGCUCUGGAGCUGAGGCCCAAGCCCCUCAGGAAGGGACCUUGCACCUGUCAGACUUUUAUUUAUUGACCACCUUUUCCUGGAGCCCAGGACCAGGCCCGCCGGGACUCUGCAGGUCACUGCUGGCUCCAGGUGACGCCAUCAAGAGCCACCCCGCCAACCCAUUCAUCUCGAAGAGCCUGAGCAGGUCUGGUCCCACCUGUCUCACCUCUCCACUUCUCCCGAGUGGCUGGACCAAAGGAGCUGCUUCUGGGUGCAGUGGUCAGAGGUGGGGUAAGAGGUGGGGGUCCCCUGGCUGGUCAACCCUUCAGUUUGAUCGGGGGAGGUCAUCUUGCUGGAUACCUCCAGGGGUCCCCUGCACAUGGCCAUCGGGCCUUGUGCAGGAAGACGUUCAGCUGCCAUGUACUUAGAAGGUGACACGGAAGGCAUGCCGGCUAUCAUGUACAUAGUGUUUAUAAUAUUGCAAUAAUAUAUUUUGCCUGUGGUA